ACAGAUGACAACAGAGUCAGACGAAAACAAACUAGGAGGAUGGCAGGUGAUCGUGACCAAUGUCUUUCUGAUUAUCGGCGGCGGCUUAUAGAGCAUCGUGAAGUUGACUCUAAAUUGAGAAAAUUGAGAGAGGAAAAGAAGGAGCUAGAUAAGCAGUAUGACAAGAGUGAGAAUGAUCUCAAGGCCCUACAAAGUGUGGGCCAGAUUGUGGGUGAGGUCCUGAAGCAACUCACUGAAGAAAAGUUUAUUGUGAAAGCUACUAAUGGACCUCGUUAUGUGGUGGGCUGCAGACGUCAACUUGAUAAGGGUAAACUGAAGUCUGGUACACGAGUGGCGCUGGACAUGACGACCCUUACCAUCAUGAGGUACCUCCCACGUGAAGUUGACCCCCUAGUGUACAACAUGAGCCAUGAAGACCCUGGUGAUGUCACAUACAAUAAAAUUGGUGGUUUGGCAGAACAAAUCCGAGAACUUAGGGAGGUGAUUGAACUGCCUCUGCUUAAUCCAGAACUCUUCCAUAGAGUGGGAAUAAAUCCACCAAAGGGUUGUCUGCUUUAUGGUCCUCCUGGCACAGGGAAGACACUACUUGCACGUGCUGUUGCCUCACAGCUGGAUUGCAACUUCUUAAAGGUUGUAUCUAGUGCAAUUGUAGACAAGUACAUUGGUGAGUCAGCUCGACUUAUUCGUGAGAUGUUCAACUAUGCUCGCGACCAUCAGCCAUGCAUCAUAUUCAUGGAUGAGAUUGAUGCUAUUGGAGGAAGACGAUUUUCUGAGGGAACAUCAGCUGAUCGAGAGAUUCAACGCACGCUUAUGGAGUUACUCAAUCAAAUGGAUGGCUUUGAUUCCUUGGGUCAGGUAAAAAUGAUUAUGGCUACCAACCGUCCAGAUACUCUUGAUCCGGCCCUGUUGCGUCCUGGACGUUUGGACAGAAAAAUUGAGAUUGCUCUCCCUAAUGAACAAGCUAGGUUGGAGAUUCUCAAGAUUCAUUCUGGACCAAUCACAAAGCGUGGAGAGAUUGAUUAUGAAGCAGUGGUUAAACUCUCAGAUGGCUUUAAUGGUGCAGAUCUCCGUAAUGUGUGCACUGAGGCAGGUCUCUUUGCUAUCCGGAAUGAGCGAGAUUACGUCAUAGAGGAGGAUUUCAUGAAGGCUGUACGUAAAGUGUCAGACAAUAAGAAAUUAGAAACUAAAUUAGAUUACAAACCACUUUAAAUAAAAACAAGGUGUUGGUAAUGGAUCCCAAGAUAUAAUAUUCAGUGAAGGAAGUAAUGCUGCUAUGGCUAUUAUUUUGAGUUGCAAUGAAUUUGUUCUUAUGUUACCAUCAAGUUUAAAACAAACAUUGCCAGAUACCUUGAGUUUCCUUUGUUAUAACAAGAGAUUUAAUUUAAUAUAUGUAUCUUGAAGUUUUUGUUCUAAUUUUCAUAUUAUUAUAGGUAGAGGUUCAAAAGUUAUUGCCAAAAAGUAAAGAAGCUUUUGUAAAUA